GCGAUCCUGCAAGGAAUAUUUAAGAUUUCCAAGAUCAGCACCGUUGUUCAGCCAAGUAAUCUUCACACCUUUGCCCAGGUUGGGAUACCUAUCGGGCGGGGUAUGCAGGUGGCCAAGACAGUGUUUCAAUAUAAAGGAGCAUCUCGACCAACGCCCUGGCGUACAGGAUCUCCUCUUGUGACAUCAAUUGCGUCCCCAGGCUCCUACAAGUAUUAGGUACCUCCCCAGGGCUCAGCUCCAGCUAAACGGCAAGAUGGCAACGAAAGAACAACAACCACCACAACAGCCUCCAUUGACUAGCGACGUGCAUGAUGACACGAUUUCAGAGAAAGGGAGGGCAGUCGAGAAUGAGAAAAUUGAGACGGGGGUUCGUGAUUAUCCAGACGAUGCACCCAAAACAGACCCUGCGGAGAUAAGACUUGUGCGCAAAAUUGAUUGGCGGCUGAUGCCAACACUUUGUACCAUGUACUUCCUCAACUAUGUCGAUCGAAAUGCAAUUGCUCAAGCACGUCUCAAUGACCUGGAGGAUGACCUUGGAAUGACUGGUAUUGAAUUCAAUACUGCAGUCAGCAUUCUUUUUGUUGGCUAUGUGCUCAUGCAGAUACCUUCAAAUAUGCUGAUCACCCGUGUUCGACCAGGAAUCUAUAUGAGUGCUUGGAUGGUUGUCUGGGCAAUCGUUUCUGCAUGCACGGGUUUAGUACAGAACUAUGCGGGCCUCGUUGUCUGUCGAUUUUUUCUUGGAGUGACCGAGGCACCUUUUUACCCCGGAGCCACUUAUAUGUUGUCGAUAUUCUACACCCGCAAAGAACUUGCGACUCGAAUUGCUCUGUUGUACUGCGCACAGAUUCUAGCCACUGGAUUCUCUGGCCUGAUUGCUGCCGGUAUCUUCGCUGGUAUGGAUGAUCUGAGAGGCAUAGCUGGUUGGCGAUGGCUCUUCAUCGUAGAAGGCGCAAUCACCGGCGUCGUUGCGCUGCUUGGCUUUGCUUUUCUCCCAAAUACUCCCCUCACCACACAUUGGCUGACGCCCGAGGAAAGAGAACUUGCACAUGGGCGUAUGGAGCGUGAUAAGAUUGGCGAUUCGCAGGAUAAUGCCAGUGCAUUCGAGGGACUGAAACAGGCCUGUAGGGAUCGACGAACUUGGCUCUUCUGCCUGAUGCAGAACUUCCAUCUCAGCGCUUGUUCCUUCAAUUCCUUCUUUCCAACUGUCGUCAAGACGAUUGGGUUCAACAGAACCAUAACGCUUGUGUUGACUUGCCCGCCUUUCAUAUUCGCAGGUGCAGCAGGUAUUCUCACUGGCUGGAGCUCUGGACGCAUGCAGGAAAGGACAUGGCAUAUCACCAUCGGCUUACUUGUUGCUGUUGUCGGCUUCGUGAUCGCUGCUAGCACAUUGAACACUGCCGGCAGAUACAUAGCAUGCUUUAUAUUCCCAGUGGGAGCCUACUCUGUCAACUCCGUCAUCAUCGGGUGGGCGUCGUCCACACUCAGCCAAACGAAGGAGAAGAAAGCAGUUGUUCUCGCUAUGACCAACGUAGCGGGCCAAAUUGGUUACAUUUAUGGACCUUAUCUGUGGCCCUCAUCUGACGGACCCCGGUACGGUAUCGGGUUCGGUGCAUCUGCUGGAUUCGCCCUGCUAUCCAUUGUAUGUGCCUGGGUCAUAAGGGCGUGGCUCGUAAAGGAGAACCACAACAUUAGGAGAUCAACAUCCGAGCAUGUUAAUCUGUAUGUGUAUUAAGCUAUCGAUUGAU